AUGACGGCGGUCCCCCUGCCACUCAUGUUGCGGAAUCCACAACACCCGUUCCGGAAGUACGGGACCGUCACAUGUCCACGUCGUCAGCUUCCUGGGCCGAUGAUGUUGAAGAAGAAGUGGAAAGACUGCCAGCGUGUCUGCACAGGAGUCCACCACGGAGACACUUGGGCUGGCGCCCCAACCACUGCGGGACCACCGAGAGGCGCAGACUACGAGCAGCGCAGCGGCGGUGGCGGCGGCGGCGGCGGCGGCGGAGGCGGCGGGGGCGGCCGGCCGGGCGUCGCGCAUCAUGGCGGCGGCGACGCGGGGGCGGCGGCCCGCAUGUCGUCAGCGGCGGUGCGCGCCCCUCCACAUGCGGCCGGCUGCAACACCACGCACGCCCUCACGUCAGAUGUUUUGCGACGCACACGGCGCAGGGUGAAGGAACGCCGCGCCGCGCCACGUGGCUUCGCGUGCUGCGCCGACAAUUACGUGGCGCGGCGCGUCUGCCCGGCUGGCUUUGUUGCCGCUGCCGCUGCCGCCCCCGCCUGCCUCCCCCGCCCCGGCUCCACCUCUCGGCCGACACGUGCAGCGGCGGGCGUGUCGCUCGCUAAUCGACCUCACGCUGACCCAGAAUGCGAACUCUCGCAUUUAGGAGGAGAGAAGCCCAGGACGGUGUGGGAACACUUCCACGGGGUGACACUUGCACGGAGCCCGUGGUACAGCCACACUGUGAGGCCUAGCAGUUCAGCAGAGCUGCUGGUGCGGCUUGGCUCACCAAUACAAACUCCGGAGCGGGCGGCAGCCCAGCCUGACAUCGCGCCGCGUCUCGCCUCCCGGAGCCGGCGGGCCGGUCCAGCGCGGUGCGCCUCCGGCCGCCCCCGCCGCCCCCAGCUGCCGCUGCCGCUGCCGGCGAUCAAUACGGCCCGCUGUGCCUCCGCCGCCGCUUCCGCCUCCCCCGCCCCACGUGGGCGCGGCCGGCCGGCAGGAGGCGAGGGCGGCUGCCGUGUGAUGCCGCACUGGCGCUGCCUGGCAACCGCGGGGCCCGCAGCGCCGGGCCGAGGUCACGCGCCGCCGAGGCAGGAGGAACAGAUACACGUCUGA